UCUUGAUCGACCAUGCUUGUGGAGGAUGACUUCGCCGCGCGAUGCUGUGUCUGCCGGACGGCGCUCGAAGACGACGCAAACGUGCUGAACACGACGAUGAAGAUGCGUAUCUCCAAGUGCGGCCAUCGCUACUGCGAUCGGUGCGUGAAGCUCGAGUUUCAAAACCACAGAGAAAUCACCUGCGCCAAACCAGGAUGCGGGAAGCUCGUGAAGAAGUCGCAACUGCAGGAAAAGACCAAGGAAGAGCAGGACUUUAACAAAGAUGUCACGAUUCGGAAGAAGGUCCUGAAGACGUACAACAAGACCGGGGAAGAUUUCAACUCACUGGACGAGUACAAUGCGUAUUUGGAAGACGUUGAGGCCUUGAUUUUCGACCUCCUCAGUGAAGACGAUGCAGUCAAAGAUGCGGCAAAUGCCAAAUGGAAGCAAUACAAGCAAGAGAAUUCGCUUCUUAUCAACGCGAACGAAGCCAAGAAGGCUGAGGAAGAGCGACGCAUUCUGCAUGUCAUCGAGGAGCAGCGCCGUGUUGCCGACGACCGCCGCCGAGUCCAGCAACAAGAAGACAACAAGUUCCUGAUGGACGUGCAGCGGCAUAAAGCACAACUCAUGGAGGUCGCACUGGGGGAACGCGAUGAAAAGGAUGUCGAAGCGGUUGUGAACCCCACGACUGCCAUCCCUAUUGACCAGCCGCUCAGCGCCGAGAUGGAAGCAGCCAUGAUCGGGUUUCAGCCAGGUUUCUUUGGCGGCGGGCCGCAACCCGUGCCUGUCCACGGCGGGAAGAAGGGCCAUGGCGCUGCCGACUCGAAACAACUGCGUGCACUGCAGCAGCGCGCUGGAGGGUACGACCCACAAACGUCCACAAAUCGGAACGUCGACGAAGCUUGGACUGGUCUCCUUAUCCAGAUUGGCGGGUCAAAGCAAACGACACCUGAGUGAGUGACUACGGCGUCGAGGUCGCCAGAUCUCGGUUGCCAUUACGAUUUCCAGCUACUAAGCGUAAUGAGGGCACCGGCCUAUAAGUUGGACCUCUCAAUGCACUGCUGAGGUUGAGUUCGCAGCUGACGUGUUCACG